AUGUUUACCAUGGAAAGCAACUCUCCUGAUGUUUCUGACCAAAAUUUUGAUGUUACUAUGGACGUCUCAACCUUAGAUAUCCUGCGAGGUCGCUCAACUUUCAUUGGAGGGCAAGAGAGAGUUGUCGAGGCUUUGAAACUUCUUCCUUCUACCGAUUUUUUCUUGGUAUCUCGAGGAAAGAUUGUUUCAAUUGAACAGAUCGGAAGAGAAGAUCCCGUUAGUAUUCAUUAUCGAUGUCUUGGAGGCAAAGGCGGCUUUGGAUCGUUGUUGAAGAGUUUUCGAAUUCAUAGAAGCUCAAAUCAACUGAUGAUGAGGAAUUUGGAGGGAAGAAGGGUGCACGAUGUAAAAGAGGAACAGAGAUUGAAGAAGUGGGUGGAAAGAAAGGCCGAGCGAGAGCGGGAAAAGAAAAGAAAGAGGUAAGAGAUUUUAAAUUUCUUUUUUGGCUUUUAGGUACUUUGUGAAGUUUUUGGGCAAUGAAAAGAGAUUUUUCUUUCAUGAAUUUAUAUUGCACUUGAAGGACAUGUUCAAGUGAUGAAGAAUUUAGGCUUUUUAUAAAUUUUUCAAUAGCUUAGGUAAAACGGUUUUCUGAGUCAAAACAAGUAGUAGUUUGGGCGUGGUUUUUUUGAAUGGAAAUCUUAUUUAGACGCAAUAUUCUCCAUGGCACUAGCUUUAAAUAUUAUAUUUUUUCGCUACCUAAACAAUGAAUUUUGUCGGAAUAUCCAUAGGUCGUCUUAUGACAUAAGAAUCACAUUUUAGGUUUAAUAAUUUCCUCUGUUUUUAUCAAUUUUUGGUCUUAACAGCAAGUGUAAUAUAAUUUUUACUAGUUUUGUGUUCCCUUGUCUAUUUUUUUUACCAAUUCUUAUCUCAUACUUUUCAGAGAGGAGAAAUACCAACGUCUGAAGAAUGGUGGGCCCAAACAUCAGUUUGUCGAUAAUGACUAUCUUCGUCAAAGAGAUAUGGUGCUUGAUCAAACGGAAGACUCGAUUGAAGCCGGCCUCCAAAACAUCGAAAAGCCCGAACAAACUGUGGAGAAGUCCGAAGAGGACUCCGAUUCCUCGGAAGACGAAGCUUUCCUCAAAGGAUUCGUUUCUGUCGCUUCAAAGAAACGAAAAAUAGCUCCAUCGAACGAAAAGGAGGCCAAGAAGACGAAGUUGGAAAAAGAGAAUCAACCAGGUUCCUCAGGAUUCAAAAUGCCAAAGUUUUUGAAGAAAAAAGAAGACAAACAAGAAAAGAAUGAAGAAAAAAUAGUGGAAGAAGUGAAGGAUAAGGUCGAAGAGAAGAAAGUCGAAGACGAAAAGCCAAAGGAACCUGAGAAUUAUGACCCAGUCGACUUAAAUGCCUAUGAAUCCGCUGAAGACCUGGAAAAACUUGGAUUAGGACAUCUGAAACACGCGUUGGAAGGUAAGGAUAAAAUAUUUUUUGUUUCUUUUUGUGAUGUUUAGGUUUUCAUUGAGUUGGUUGAGCCAGAAAUUGAUGAAUCAAUUGUUUCUACUUCAUAGAAUUACCGUUUUGCUUUCAGAAAGAGGCUUGAAAUGCGGCGGAACACUUCCAGAAAGAGCUCAGAGGUUAUUCAGCGUGAAGGGCCUGGAUCCCCAGGACUAUCCGAAGAAAAUCAAAGCCCUGAAGAAAUAA